AAAACCAACAACUAAAAUUACACGAGAACACGCGUCUCUUCUCCUUCUUCUUCUUCGCUCAUUCACAAUCUGAGAUUCAGAAACUACAGUCAGCUAAACCCAAUCGAACGUCGAAGAAUCGAAACCCUCUUCUCAAUUCAUAACCUUUCUUCCAUGGAAUGGUCACAAAGAACUCUCAAAGGAGCAAUCUUGGCGUGACCAAGUCCAUGAAUUUCUUUCAAAAAAUCAUUAAACCUUUCAAACGCAGCUCCAAUCGAGGUCUUGAAGACGACAUCGAUAGAAUCUCAGCUCAGGAACAGAAAGUUUUCACCUUUCAAGUCUUAGUCUCCGCUACUAAAGAUUUCAACCCGACCCACAAACUCGGCGAAGGUGGGUUCGGACCCGUCUUCAAGGGAAGGUUACCUGACGGGAGAGACAUUGCUGUGAAGAAGCUAUCUCAGGGGUCAAAGCAAGGGAACAACGAGUUUGUCAACGAGGCUAAGUUGUUAGCUAAAGUCCAGCAUCGUAAUGUAGUUAAUCUCUGGGGUUAUUGCACACAUGGAGAUGAUAAACUUUUGGUUUACGAGUACGUUGCAAAUGAGAGUCUUGACAAGGUCCUUUUCAAAUCCAACAGAAGAUCAGAGAUAGAUUGGAAGUUGAGGUUUGAGAUUAUUACAGGCAUUGCUAGAGGGCUGCUUUAUCUCCAUGAAGACGCGCCAGACUGCAUCAUCCAUAGGGAUAUCAAGGCUGGUAACAUUCUGCUUGAUGAGAAAUGGGUUCCUAAGAUUGCAGAUUUUGGGAUGGCUAGGCUAUAUCAGGAAGAUGCUACACAUGUCAACACUCGCGUUGCAGGAACCAAUGGUUAUAUGGCGCCGGAGUAUGUAAUGCAAGGUGUACUGUCCGUAAAAGCAGAUGUAUUCAGCUUUGGGGUUGUGGUUCUAGAGCUCAUCAGUGGCCAGAAGAACUCUAGUUUUAGUAUGAGACACGCUGACCAGACUCUUCUUGAAUGGGCAUAUAAGUUAUACAAGAAAGGCAGGACCAUGGAGAUACUAGACUCGGAGAUAGCAGCUUCUGCUGACCCGGAACAAGUCAGACUCUGUGUUCAGAUAGGCCUGCUCUGUGUUCAAGGUGAUCCACGUAAGAGACCAUCUAUGAGACGUGUGUCUCUGCUACUCUCGAGAAAACCAGGACAUUUAGAAGAACCAGAGCGUCCUGGUGUCCCGGGAUCUAGACAGCGCCGUAGAACGCAUCGUCCUGCAGGAGCAUCCUCGGUUGGAACGUUUUCGACCACCGGAUCGAGAACAGACUCGUUUGGUUCGAACUUGAAUACAAACACUGGUUCCAACACAGGAACAGGUAGAGCUACUCCAGCGUCUUCGAGGACUCCGACGCCAACUCACGCUACUAGAAGUGUAGGUGCUGCGAGCUCUAGCUCAGACCCUCAUGGGAAACGGCCUAUGAGUUAUUAAAGUACAUAAAUCUUGUUAAAUAUUUGAUUGUAAAUACUAUGUAGCGAGGUUUCUUUUUUUUUUAUGCUUUGAAAAGUAAAUUAUUAUUUUUGGGCUCUUUUAGUGGUUAGGACAGGUGUAACAGUAUUUGAUUCUCAUAUGAAAAGAAAAAAAG